AAUACAGCCACUUACCUGUCCCUCGGGCCAGCAGUGUCUUCACCACCACUGGUUUCACCAGCCGUCUUCUCUCUCUGGCACCAGCAUCUUCAGUGUGAACAGUUGACUGUGACAGCUUGGGGCUUCACAGUCUGAUGCCCACUGCGCAUGUGCGAGAAGUUCUGCGCUUUGUCAAUGGUCCUGUAGUCUUCUGGGACCUGUCACGUGUCCCAGAAGACUACAGGGAGAGGGGAGGACAACUUCCACUUCCGAUCGCAAAGGCGAUCGCAUGGAAGUGUGAGCGGGUACUUGUCAAAUUCGGGUACCCGCUCCCCAAAGGUGCCAAUCCUUAAUGGGUAGCUGGGGACAGUGCAUUAAAGCGGAACUUCCCCUUUUGGGUGGAACUUCUCUUUUA